CUCACACCUCGUCACUAUAAAAUUCACUAAUCUUUUUUACUUUUCUCUACAUCAAAACACAACAUUAAAAGCUUUGGCGAUUUUUCUCUCUGAUUCAAUCUUUUCAUAGUUUCUAAGCUCUCAGAUUCUUGAAGAAGCCAUGGCUCGUACGAAGCAAUCCGCGAGAAAAUCACACGGAGGAAAAGCUCCGACGAAGCAGCUCGCUACCAAGGCGGCAAGGAAAUCUGCACCGACUACCGGAGGAGUCAAGAAACCUCACCGUUUCCGUCCUGGAACCGUCGCUCUUCGUGAGAUUCGUAAAUACCAAAAGAGCACAGAGUUGUUGAACCGUAAACUUCCAUUCCAACGUCUUGUUCGUGAAAUCGCUCAAGAUUUCAAGACGGAUCUGAGAUUCCAAAGCCAUGCAGUGUUAGCUCUUCAAGAAGCUGCGGAGGCAUAUUUGGUUGGUUUGUUUGAAGACACAAAUCUCUGUGCCAUUCAUGCAAAGAGGGUUACCAUUAUGCCUAAAGAUGUUCAAUUGGCAAGAAGGAUUCGUGCAGAGCGUGCUUAGAAAUUAGAAUUUAAUCCAUUCAUAUGAACUAGUAUUUUUUUUUUUCUAUUAGGGUUUUCGAUUGUUUUUGCUUUGUCGCUUUUUAACAAAAAUACAUUAUGUCACAUUCUCUUUGAGAGAUGAAUUGCUUAUGAUAUUAAACCUUU